UAUAGUUAUGCAUCGUAGAGAUCGUAGAAGACGACUGACAACAGGAGAAAGUGUUUUCAAUCUUCAGUUAGACUAGAUAUUCAGUAUACGACAAUGGCACUGCUUCGGAAUUUGCACCGAUUCAUCUCUAUAUCAAAAAUUCAGCCACCAGUGAAGCCAUCGAUAUUGAAAAAUUCUAGCCGAAUAAGUUUUGCAAGAACAGCUUCAACCACACAACCGCUGCAGGAAAAAAAUGAAGAAGUAAAAGUGACGUUCAUACGAGCAAGUGGAGAAAGAAUCGAAGCGAAAGGAAAAAUAGGAGAUACGCUCUUAGAUAUUGUUGUGAAUAACGAAAUUGAUUUGGAUGGUUACGGUGCCUGUGAAGGGACGCUGACAUGUAGUACAUGUCAUUUAAUAUUUCCAAAGGCUAUCAGUGAUUGA